AUGGACUAUAAUAGGAUGAACUCCUUCUUAGAGUACCCACUCUGUAACCGGGGACCCAGCGCCUACAGCGCCCACAGCGCCCACAGCGCCCACAGCGCCCCUACCUCCUUCCCUCCCAGCUCGGCUCCGGCUGUUGACAGCUACGCAGGCGAGACCCGCUAUGGUGGGGGACUCCCCAGCCCCGCGCUCCAGCAGAACUCAGGCUAUCCCACCCCGCAGCCGCCUUCGGCGCUCGGGGUGCCCUUCCCCAGCUCCGCGACCUCGGGGUACGCCCCGGCGGCCUGCAGCCCCAGCUAUGGGCCCUCUCAGUACUAUCCUCUGGGCCAACCCGAAGGAGAUGGAAGCUAUUAUCAUCCUUCGAGCUAUGGGGCCCAGCUAGGGGGCCUGUCCGACGGCUAUGGAACCGGUGGAGCGGGCCCGGGGCCGUACCCUCCCCCGCAGCCCCCUUUCGGGAACGAGCAGACAGCGAGCUUUGCAUCGGCCUAUGCUGAGCUCCUCUCGGAGGACAAGGAAUCGCCCUGCCCGUCAGAACCCAGCACCCCCACGGCCAGGACCUUCGACUGGAUGAAGGUUAAGAGGAAUCCCCCCAAGACAGGUAGGAGUCAGGAGUGGUCACCUCCUCUCCGGGGCUCAAAGACAGGAGGGUGCCCCCAGCCUGGGCUGGGAGUGCCCGGCUACCCUGCAGGGAAGUCUGCACACACCCCUGCUUCCUCAUCUCUGCACCCCGUGCCGGCCAAGGUGUCGGAGCUGGGCCUGGGCGCGCCCGGCGGCCUCCGCACCAACUUCACCACGCGGCAGCUGACCGAGCUGGAGAAGGAGUUCCACUUCAACAAGUACCUGAGCCGCGCCCGGAGGGUGGAGAUCGCCGCCACCCUGGAGCUCAACGAGACGCAGGUCAAGAUUUGGUUCCAGAACCGGCGCAUGAAGCAGAAGAAGCGCGAGCGGGAGGGAGGCCGGAUGCCCCCAGCCCCUCCGGGCUGUCCCAGGGAGGCGACUGGAGACGCAUCAGACCAGUCGACGUGCACCUCCCCGGAGGCCUCGCCCAGCUCCAUCACCUCCUGA